AUGGGCAAGCGCAAGUCCUCAAGCAAGCCCAUGGGGCCCAAGAAGAAAGAUCCCCUUCCCACCACUUUCGCAUGCCUCUUCUGCAAUCAUGAAAACUCAGUCUCGGUAAAGCUCGAUAAGAAAGCUGGCGUCGGUCAACUCGACUGCCGUGUUUGCGGUCAAAAAUUCCAGUGCGCAGUGAACUACCUCUCCGCUGCGGUUGACGUCUAUGGUGAAUGGGUUGACGCGGCCGAUGCCGUCGCCAAGGAAGACACCGCGGAGCCUGGCUACGGUGGCACAUCUCGAGGAGGUGGACGAGGCAACCGAACGGCGGUCGAAGAUGACUACGACGACCAAUACGGAGAUGAUGAUUAUUAA